AUGGAUCUUGAGAGCCACAAGUCACGCCUGGCAGCUAAAGUUACCACAGACUUACUUGUGGCCAUUCUGCUUCACGUUUCUUAUUUCUUUGUCAAACUCGCUGGACACCCGACACGGGGUUUCUUCUGUGAUGACUACAGUAUCCGUUAUCCAUACAAACCAGAUACCGUUUCUUCUCUCGCUGUGGUACUUUAUGGCUAUCUGAUCCCACUGCUUACGGUAAAUUUCUAUUUUCGCACACUGAGUGAGUUAUCCGUUCAGAUUAUUCUUCUCGAACUCCUCAUUGCUGUUUAUCGACGUUUCUCACAAGAUGAAGAUGAUGCUUUUAAAGAGGCUUGGCCACCAAUAUACAAUUAUGGUAUAGCGUUUCUCAUUGCCGCCGGAUUGACUUUAGCGGUGACCACUGUGAUAAAAUACACACUGGGACGUCUGCGUCCGCAUUUCUUGGAUGCUUGCAAACCAGACACAUUCUCAACCACGUGCACGGGCUUUAUCGACAAGUACACAUGUCAGAAUACGAAUAAGAAAAUUGUGGAAGAUGCAUUGUAA